ACCCCCCCCCCGUGAAAGAGAGUUCCCUAAGAAAAGGUCGCCCCUACGAUAUAGCAUAUUUUGGGGGGGAAAAAAAAGAAACCACAGCUGGUAUAGAGCGAUUAUAUACGCAUAAAAUAGGUGACUUUUUUUUUUCCCAUUUUUGUAACGUCGCGUCGUUUCUCUUCCCCAUUUUGCGAGCCACCUAAGCUUGGCCGAACUCGCCGAACCAACCACUUUUCCCGCUCCCUUCUGCUUUCCGCCACAAUAGGGGCGAUAAACGGGACAGCAUGUAGCCUUGAGUGGAGAAGGCGUCCUCCCCCCACCAGCAGCUUGCGCACCGCAGAUACAACGAGGUAUAGCGUCCCCCCCACUCCACAUUGCUGCCGAACAAGAUGAGCUCCCCCGAACGAGGGGCAUCACCCCCCCCUGCAGAGGAAGACAAAAAGGAGAAGCGAGUCAUUAUCAUUCUUGAGGGGGCCCACUUGCAGCUAAUCGAAACGAAGAGGUACAUUUACGAGCUAGCCAAUUCCAUGAAGCACAAGCACUUGUUAAGAGACAAAAAAAAAGAAGAGGAAAUUAGAAACUUCAGACCCGACAUCCUACACCAGUGCCUAAUUCACCUCUUAGAAAGUGCCCUAAAUAAAUAUGGCCUCUUACAAGUCUACAUAAAAACACAUGACAAUCAGCUAUUCUUUGUCUCUUCGAAUUUAAAAAUCCCCAAAACGUAUGACCAGUUUGAAUCCCUAAUGGUCACCUUCCUACGGAAAUAUAAAAUAAAGGCAAAUGAAAAAAAUUUGUGCUUGCUAAAAUUUCUGAAAAAUGACUAUAAUGCUAUUUUACCAAUUAAUGGAAAAAAAAUUGGCUUGUCUGUAAAGGGAAGGAAAGUACAUUUGCCUGACUAUGUUCAGAAUUUCCAGAACGAAAAUAUGCCCGUCACUUUUUUUAUUGGGGCCGUGGCCUACUCCAACCCCAUUACGAAGCUUGAGAAUUUGGACGACAACAUUAGCAUUUCCGAGUUCAGCCUCAGUGCCGCCACGUGCUGCUCCACCAUAUGCUCGGAGUUUGAGAACCUGUGGGGCGUCUUCUGA